UAAUAUUUUUUAAAUAGAUAUGCGUGCAUAUAUUGAUACUAAUCUUUACAAAAUAAAACCGAAACAGUCAUGUAAAAUAAAUCUUAUUUUAUAAAUAAAAAAUAUGUAAACUAUUAAAAGUUAAUAUUAAAAAAUAAUAAUAAAUAAACAAGAUUUCAUGAAAAAUAUUAAUUUAGAAAUAUUUAGUGACAUUCAGUACCCAAAGGGUGGUAUACCUGUUCGUACGCUGUUAGUUGCUAAAAACGUCUUAGGUUAUAUCAGAAUUCGUAUGGUGUCAUAUAAAAGCAUUUUUAUACAGCAAUAAUACUCUGGGAGAAUUCACGUUUAAAGUUUAUUUAGAUAUCAUUGAUCUUAUUAAAAUGAAUAAGUAUAUACAUUUAGCGACUGUAGGAACAAGCUAUGCUAAUCGUAUGAAUCGUUUGAGCAAUCGUAUCUUUGGCGAAGUCGUUAGACCAACAAAUACCAAAUCACUUAAAAUAGUAAAGCUUUUUAGCGAAAAGCCUAUUCAUAAACGACCAGACAUUGUCGAUUAUUAUCCUCCACAUAAAAAUAUACAGAAAUUAAUGUUACAUCUACGUGAUUAUGGUCUUUUCAGAGAUGAACAUCAAGAUUUUAAAGAAGAAUACGAUCGUCUAAGAGAAUUACGUGGUAAAAAGAAAUGGAUACCACCGCCUUUCAGAAAAUAAAACUUUUUCAGCUAUUACUGUAAACUAUAAAAAAUAACUGAAAUAAAAUUAGUAUUUAUUAUUAAAA